CUUCGUUAACUUGUUCAAGUUGAAUACUACGUAUUAUCUUUACAUUCCAUAUUUCCAUUUGAUCGAUCAGAUCAAAAAACUACAUACGUUGACCUUUUUCCUUGUGCUAUGUAUGGAAGAUGGUUUAAUAGUCUUUUAGGACCAAUUUGGGUUACUCUUUUGAUACUUUGCAAAAAUGGUGUUAAUUGUGAUCCUCCGGAAGGACCCAUCAAAUGCUCUUACGGAAACUCCGAUUGCAUCAUCACCAAUUCUUAUGGCUCAUUCCCUGACCGGAGUACUUGCCAUGCUGCCAACGCCGUGUACCCGGAAAAUGAAGAUCAACUCAUCUCCUACGUUAGAGAUGCAACCAAGAUGGAGAGAAAAAUCAAGGUAGCAACCAAAUACGGUCACAGUGCGACAAAGUUGGUGUGCCCUGAUGGAGAAGAUGGUCUAGUAAUAAGCACAGAAAAUCUCAACAAGAUUAUAAGUGUCAACAUGGUAGAAGAAACUAUGACGGUAGAAAGCGGCAUGACGCUAAAGCAGCUGAUAGAUGAGGCGGCCAAGGUGAACUUAGCAUUGCCAAAUUCACCUUAUUGGGCUGGUGUAACUGUCGGGGGAAUGCUAGGAACGGGUGCUCAUGGAAGCUCCCUAUGGGGUCGUGGAAGCGCGGUUCAUGACUAUGUUGUUAGCCUUAAGAUCAUUAGCCCUGGCAAACGUGAUGACGGUUAUGUUAAAGUUAGGACGCUUAGUGUUGGUGAUGAAGACCUUGAUGCAGCAAAGGUUUCACUUGGUGUUCUUGGUGUCAUCUCACAGGUAACCUUUAAGUUGGAACCACUUUUCAAGCGGAACCUCACGUACAUGACAAGAGAAGACCAUGACUUGGAGGUUGAAGCCCUAAAAUUUGGGCUCCAAAACGAGUUUGCCGAUAUAGCUUGGCUACCAGCCGAAGGUAAAGCAAUAUAUCGAAUUGACAAUCGAGUUCCUACCACAACCCCCGGUAAUGGUGUUUAUGACUACUUGGGCUUCCGAUCUGUACCACAAGCUCUUAUAGAGUCUUCUAGAAAAGCAGAGGAGAAUAUAGAAUCACAUGGUUGCAGCAAGUUACGAUGCAUAUCAGCUAACGCUGCCGUGACACUAUUUACUGGGAGUGCAUUUGGGCUCACAAAUAACGGUGUGUUAUUCACUGGCUACCCGGUUAUUGGAUAUCAAAAUAAGAUGCAAGCUUCCGGAAGUUGUCUUAAUGAUCAAAAUAACAUUGUUGAUGGUUAUUGUGGAUGGGAUCCAAGAAUAAAAGGUCAAUUCUCUUCUAGCAAUGGAUUUACUUUGCCUAUGAACAAGUUAACAAGUUUCAUUAAAGACCUUAAAAAAUUGGUUAAUAUGGAUCCUACAUCCUUUUGUGGUUUUGAUCAAUACUUGGGUAUCCUAAUGAGAUAUGUCAAGGUCUCCUCGGCUUAUCUAGGAAAAGACGAGGAUGGUAUAGACUUCGAUAUUACCUAUUAUCGACCUAGAGAAGCCUUAAGUCCUCAACUUAACGAGGACAUAAUAAAUGAGAUUGAGCAAAUAGCGAUUUUUAAGUAUGGUGGCGUGCCACAUUGGGGUAAAAACCGCAAUGUAGCGUUUGAAGGUGUGAUUAGUAAGUAUAAGGAUGGUGAAAAGUUUUUACGAGUUAAGGAAAGGUAUGAUCCUUUGGGAUUGUUUUCAAGUGAAUGGACUGAUCAAGUUUUAGGAUUAAAAGACGGAAUAAUCAUAGAUAAAACAGGUUGUGCACUUGAAGGAUUGUGUAGAUGUAACACAGAUGAUGAUUGUGGGACGGGGUACACUUGUGGGAGCGGUCGAGUUUAUGCCAAGGCUAAAGUUUGCAAGAAGAAGAGAAGCAACCUCAUUAGUGAUGAAUGCUUGAUUGGGUAAAAAUCAAAGGAUACUUAUAAGGCAAAAGUGGAUAUGAAGUUUAUAAUUAUAUCAAGGUGAAUGUUCCCAUUAGAUAUUGUAUUUUUUUCAAUGCUCAUGAUUUAAAUUUACUAAUAUGUUUGUAAUGAUUUGCUAUACUUAUUAAAUUAUAUAUAAACAUGUAGUAUACAUAAAUUGGUAUUAAUAUGUGAUUUGUUAAUUGAACGGACCAAUAUUGUGUUACCUAUGUGUUUGUAUGGUCUGUAAUGAUACUAAUAGCUUUAACU